GACAUACAUUUUUGUAUUCUUAUUAAAACUUUCUACAAAUCAAUAAAAUCCAUUAUUAGCAUGACGUCUAUAAAAAAUCGUGACACUAUUGCAAUUACUGGUAAAGUAGACUUUUGUAUAAAAAUGCAUAAACUUCAUUCAAACAUUGAAGCUAUUUGGGAUGUGUAUGAUAAAUAUCGGUAACAACACAUCUCAUCAAUUAUGGACCAACUUAAACCCUAAAAAGUGGGUCUGGGAUGAACAGAAAAGUUCUAAAACAGCAUUAGAUGACGGAUGGAAUUUUAAAUAGACACAUAAUCACUCUGGAUCAGGAAACCACUGUAAUUAAAAAGAGCUUAUAUAGCAGUAGGAGCUGUUCGUUUGAUAUUUGAUUUGAACGCAGUGGUUUAACAGAUGACCACGAAAGUUUGUUUCCGUUUCCGUCGAAAUAGCAAAAACUUAAUUCCAAAAUGAAACGCCAAAAUGUUCGUACACUUUCUCUGGUCAUCUGUACCUUCACAUAUUUGCUCAUCGGUGCGUCAGUUUUCGAUAGUUUAGAAUCUCAGACAGAAUCCAAGCGAUGGCAAUUUCUACAAGCGGUAAAAAAUAAUUUCGUUAAGAAAUAUAAUGUAACUGCCGAAGACUAUCGCAUGAUGGAAAUAGUGAUUAUUGAAAAUAAACCACAUAAGGCCGGUCCUCAAUGGAAAUUUGCUGGGGCUUUCUAUUUUGCAACUGUUGUUCUUGCUAUGAUUGGUUAUGGGCACUCUACUCCAGUAACGAUUGGUGGAAAAGCAUUUUGUAUGGCAUACGCAAUGGUUGGAAUUCCUUUGGGUCUUGUUAUGUUUCAAUCGAUUGGUGAACGUUUAAAUAAAUUUGCAUCGGUGAUAAUACGUCGGGCGAAACGAUACUUGCAUUGUGCACACACAGAAGCAACAGAAAUGAAUUUGAUGUUAGCAACAGGUAUGCUGUCUUCCAUCAUAAUAACAACCGGUGCAGCAGUAUUUUCCCGAUAUGAAGGCUGGAGUUAUUUUGACAGUUUUUAUUAUUGCUUCGUUACUUUGACCACUAUUGGAUUUGGGGAUUAUGUGGCAUUACAAAAUGAUCAAGCCCUGAUAAACAAACCUGGUUAUGUCGCGCUUAGCUUAGUGUUCAUAUUAUUUGGCUUAGCAGUAGUGGCAGCUAGUAUCAAUUUACUUGUUUUACGAUUUAUGACAAUGCAAGCUGAAGAUGCUAAACGUGAUGAACAGGAUGCACAAAAUCUGGCUGCAGCAAAUCAACAGAUAAGUUUUGACGGUGAAUCCUCUUAUGACAUGCACGGCAGACUUUUAGGUAAUUCUAGCUAUACAAAUGAUUUUGAUGAAACCGCAUCCGUAUGCUCUUGUACUUGUUUGGGUGGUACCCGCUGCAUAAAUCAUGAGAAUUUUGCUGAUCCGGAUUUUCAACCCACUGAUAUUGUUGAAAGUAAUUUAAGUUUAAAACGCGCAUCUGUUUAAUAUAUUUUCUGAUAUAUAUUUUAAAUA